AUGCGGCUGUCUCCCCCCACCCUCGCCUUGCUAGGGCUGAUCGCCAUCAACGGUCACGCCUACCACCCCGGCGACUCCAACAUCACCUUCUACGGCGCACCACGCGCAUCUCUCGAUGGCGUUCUCCCCGUGCUCAGCAUCGAGGAAGACUACAUCCGCAGCCAGACUGACCACUUCUCCAACAAGGCCUUUGGCGCGGCUGGUGAGCUUCAGUGUAGCGCCUCCAGCCCUUGCGUCGACGGUAGCUGCUGCAACUCCCAAGGACAAUGUGGAUUCCGCGACGAGCACUGCAAGGACAACUGCGUCGCCAACUGCGGUGCCACGGCGCCGUGUGGCCAGAACAGCAAGGAAGGCAAGCAGAAGUGCCCGCUGAAUGUCUGCUGCUCUUACUUUGGUUUCUGCGGCGCUACCGACUCGUUCUGUCGUGAUACUACGGAUGCUGGCCAGAGCACGCCGUGUCAGACGCAGUUCGGCAAGUGUGGCUCCAUCUCCCCGCCGUCGUGCGGUGCUGGUAGUGGCACUGCUUUGCGUAGGGUUGCUUACUACGAGGGCUGGAACACUCGACGUCGGCCUUGUGAUAAGGUCUUUCCGCAGAACAUGGAUACGACUGGCUUGACGCAUCUGAUCUUCUCGUUUGCUACUAUCGAUCCUUCCACCUUCGGCGUUGGUCCUAUGCACCCUGAUGAUGAGAAACUCUAUGAAGAUUUUUUCAACCUGGAAGAUGGCUCGCAGAAGUGGAUUGGCAUUGGUGGCUGGGAAUUUUCUGAUACCGGUGCAACGCGUUACACAUGGUCUCAGAUGGCGAGCACCAAGACCAAUCGCGCGGCGUUCAUCUCCUCACUGCAGCAGUUCCUGGAGAAGUGGAGCUUUCGAGGCGUCGACAUCGACUGGGAGUGGCCUGGCGCUGAGAGCCGCGGCGGGAACCCUGCCAUCGACAUGCGCAACCAGAUCGAUCUGAUGAUCGAACUCCGUCAAGCUCUCGGUUCUCGUGGUCUUUCCCUUGUCCUGCCGGCCCAGUACGAGUAUCUGAAACACCUUGACCCCAAGGCGCUUGAGGCUCAAGUCGACCAUUUCAACGUUCUGUCGUAUGAUCUCCACGGUCCCUGGGACGCCACAGUCCCCGGCGAAGGCGCGCUCAUCAAGCCGCACACCGACUUGAAAGAAAUCGACACCGCGCUCAACCUCUUCUGGUUCAACGACGUCAACCCCGCAAAGAUCAACCUCGGCGUCGCAAACUACGGUCGCGGCUACACUGUCGCCGACCCCAGCUGCUCGAGGUACGGGUGUGCAUGGACUGGCCCUUCCAAGGCUGGCGAAUGCACGCAGCUCGAGGGCGUCCUGUCCCAAUGCGAGAUCCAGCGCCUCAUCCGCGCGAAGAAUCUGAAUCCCCAGAUCAUCGCUGGCGCUCAAGAUUGGACUGGCAAAUGA